AUGACUGAGCCAAUCCGCAUAAUCCAGCAUAACCUCAAUCGGCUUAGAAUUGCAAGCCACCAGUUAGCUGAGGUCUGCAGAGCUAACAAGACGGAUAUAGCGUUGCUACAGGAACCAGUGAUAGCACGCGGAAAGGUUGUUGGAUUUGAGACCUUCCGACAAAUCCACUCGGGCAAUAAGGCCGGAGCCGCCAUCAUCAUAAUGAACAGCGAGGUGCAGGCCCUCAGUUUCGAACAGUAUAAAACGGACUACACAGUCGCGGCCAGUUUGGGGCUAAACGAACAUAAAAUGAUAGUUGUAUCUUCCUACUUUAAGUACUCCCUGGCCACUAACGUGUUCAUUGAGCAACUACGACCGAUCCUCGAUAUGGAAGCCAGAACUAUAGUCGGGGCCGAUGUUAAUGGCCACUCAACUCUUUGGCACUCCCCCGAGAGUAACGAAAGGGGGCGCCAGGUCGAAGACCUGGUGGAAGAUUACCUGCUUCACACGGUGAACAGAAGAGGUACGAUCAAUACCUACGACCGACCUGGUAUGGGUACAUCCAAUAUCGAUGUCACCCUUGCCACGAGAAACAUGAUGGGCCAAGUGACUGACUGGAUGGUAACCGACGAAACAGAUAGCGACCAUCGGGUGAUAAGCUAUAAAGUCGCGAUAGCAAGGACGCGUCCAGAACCUGGUCCCAUAAGGUACAAUACAAGUAAGGCAGAUUGGAAUAAAAUGCUAGCCUAUCUAACGAUGAACGUUGGGAACGUCGAUGAACGGACGGCUGAUAGCCAUGCGGACGGACUAGUAACGCUCCUAAAGUCCGCCGCGGACAUAAGCAUCCCGCGUACCAAGCCGCGUAACCAGAAUAAAGGCAGGCAAAUAUGGUGGUCCCCCAGGCUAACUGAACUAAAGAAAACGCUGGAAAGAUCCCGGAGACUUGGCCAAAGAACCGGCGAGCCUGAGGUGUAUAGGGAACACCGAAACAGAUACCUCUCGGAAAUCAGGAGAUCGAAAAUGGCUGCUUGGAGAGCCUUGGCAGGAGACCUCAACACGAACCCCUGGGGCAAGGCCUUCAGGUGGGCCAAGAGAAAGGGUGCCCCCUCAAAUACCGUGCAAGGCAAUUUACGGAGGUCGGAUGGUUCCUAUACCGAAACAAUCGAGGAUACGGCUGAACUGCUACUGAAUGCCUUUGCCCCAGACGAGAUGGACGACGAAAGCGUUGAAUUCCUCGGGCCGCUAGGUGAACGAGUGGAAACCCCCUCCCUCUCUGAGGUCAGGACCUCGAUAUGGCGUAUCAAACCAAAUAAAGCACCCGGACUGGACGGCAUAAACGCCAGGAUAAUAAGGAAGGCAUGGCCGGUAAUAGGGUCAUCACUAACAGGGCUAUACAGCAAAGCGCUAAAGGAAAGCUACUUCCCCACUGGUUGGCGAAGAGCGAAUGUGAUAGUCAUAACUAAAGGCUGGGACAAAGACCCGGCAACCACCGGAGCUUAUAGACCAAUAAGCCUGCUACCGGUCCUGGGUAAGGCCUUAGAGACCUUCAUUAUUAGGGACAUGGAAACAGAGACAAACUUGAACAACAUUGGAGAGCAGCACGGCUUCGUACAAGGAAAAUCGACCAUUACGGCAAUUAAAACGAUGUAUCGAUGGACCCACGAGUCGAAGAGUAGGCACGUCAUGGGUACUUUUCUCGACAUAACGGGGGCGUUUGAUAACGUUAGCUGGACCCCAUUGUUGAAACAACUUAAAAAAAUUGGCGCUUCACCAAGAACGUUACGAAUCACUGAGUCAUACCUCCACAACAGAUGGGCGCAACUGACGCUGGAAGGUAAGAAACAUGAGAAGAAGCUGACGAGAGGGUGCCCUCAGGGCUCUCAGCUAGGUCCAACCCUUUGGAAAGUUGCGAUGUCCGAACUUUUAUCGCUACCAGCUGAGGACAAUAUCAAAGUCAUUGCCUAUGCGGACGACAUCGCCCUCCUGGUAGGAGCGGCUAGGCAUGAGACGGUGGUAUCAAGAACCGAAAAAUACCUUGACAAGAUUAAAAAAUGGGCUGACACCUACAACUUAUCCUUCUCCCCUCUAAAGACACAGGUGAUGUCAAUCAAGGGAGGAGUGAAGCCAGGAUACACGGUAGGCUUUGGAACGGAUGAAAUGGCUCCGAGGAUAGUAGCCGGAGGUACCGUACGCUAUCUUGGAGUAGUGCUGGAUCCAAGAGAAGACUACUGGUGUCACAUUGAGACCUUGGCUGAAAAAUCGAAGAGCCUCUACAGUAGGUUAAGGACUCUCACAUCGGCAAACUGGGGCGUAAACCAAAUGACCUCAAGGACGAUAUACAAAGGGGUAUUCCUGCCGAGGAUAACUUAUGCGGCUGAGAUAUGGUCAGGCGGCGCAAAAAUGAUAAAGUCAAUAAAAAAACUGGGCAGUAUGCAGAGACCACCUCUACUAGCAAUGACCGCGGCAUAUAGAACGGCCUCGACGAACUGCCUCUCAGUUGUGGCAGGGGUGUUACCCCUUGACUUGGAGAUAGAAAAAAGCGCUCUCCAAAGACGCCUGGCCGAAGGUGAGAUCACCCAGGAACAGCUCACCGAACGCGUAGACAAUAUUUUCACUGCAUGGCAGGAAAGGUAUGAAGCGACUGAUAAAGGGGAAUGGACCAAGCGUAUGAUACCCUGCGUGCGGGAGUGGUACUUUCUGCCGAUGCCCUUGGACCACAACACGACCCAGUUGCUGACAGGGCAUGGCGACUUUAGAUCUAAACUGUUUGGUUUCAAGUUAGUAAGCUCGCCCAACUGCGGGUGCGGAAACGGAUCGGAGACAGUUCAGCACGUCAUCUACCGCUGCCCGAGAACGGAAACACAAAGACAGGAGCUCAAGAAAGUGAUGGCUGAGGAACAAGAGGGUUGGCCACCCAGCAACGGUGCCUUCCUCAAAACAAGAAGGACGUAUGAGGCGCUUAGGAAGUUCGCCAAGAAAUCGUUAACGAAUAGGACCGACAGAUAG